CGGAUUUUGGAGACUAUAAUCAGUUUGAAUCUCAUGACUUCCUCCGAGAAUAUGUCUUGUUUCCAAUGGACUGGAACCAAGAUGAAGCUGUCUUGGAGGAGCUGACUCAAAAGGUUGCUCAGGAGCACCGAACUCACAGUGGCAUUACAGCAGCAGAAGCUGAGCUAAUGUACAUCAAUGAAGUGGAACGCCUUGAUGGGUUUGGACAGGAAAUUUUCCCUGUGAAGGAUAAUCAUGGAAAUGACAUACACCUCGGUAUUUUCUUCAUGGGAAUCUUCAUAAAAAACAGAAUUGGAAGGACAACUGUGAUUUAUAGGUGGAAUGACAUUGGGAAUAUAGCACAUAACAAGUCUUCAAUUGUUCUAGAGUUGAUCAACAAAGAAGAGAAUGUGCUCUUUCACACAGAUGAUCUUGAAAAUGCCAAAUAUAUUUCACGGCUGUUUGCAGCAAGACACAAGUUUUACAAACAGAAUAAAAUCUGCACAGAACAAUCAAGUUCUCCUCCUCCCAUCCGACGACGGCCCACUUGGAGUAGAUCUUCCUUGCCACGACAGCAUCCAUUUAUACUGCCUCCGAUGCAUGUCCAGUGUGGAGAACACUACACUGAAACACAUAAUUCACAAGAUAGCAUUUUCCAUGGAAAUGAAGAAACUUUCUACUGGAGGUCUCAGACCAGUUUAGACAGGUGUCCAGUGGACUUCAGCUACCUGAAUGGUAAUGGACCCAACGGGAGUGUAUGCAGUGCCCACAGCAUGAACUCCCUCAGUCGCUCACAGAACUUCAUCCAGGCAUCUCCAAUGUCCUCAAAUCUGAGCAUCCCUGGAAGCGACAUCAUGAGAGCAGACUAUAUCCCCAGCCACAGACAUAGUGCAAUCAUAGUACCAUCUUACCGGCCAACUCCAGAUUAUGAAACUGUCAUGAGGCAAAUGAAGAGAGGAGUGAUCCAGAUGGAUAGCCAAAGUCAGUCUUUGAGGAAUCUCAAUAUUGGGAACACACAUGCUUAUAACCAGCCGGAAGACCUAGUUUACAGUCAGCCUGAGAUUCGAGAGAGGCAUCCUUACACGAUUACAUAUGGGCCCCAGGCUGGAGGCUAUAACAAGCCUGUAGUCCCAUCUGACCAAAUGAACCCUAAUAAUGCUGUACAAAAUAAGACAGCAGCCAGUGCCAUAUCCCACACUGUCAGCACACCAGAACUGGCUAACAUGCAGUUGCAGAGCGGCCAGAGUUACAACGCAGCUCACAUGUUAAAGAACUAUCUCUUCAGACCCCCACCUCCAUACCCACGCCCACGUCCUGCCACUAGCACGCCAGACCUGGCGAGCCACCGGCACAAGUACGUCAGUGGGAGCAGUCCUGACCUGGUCACUCGCAAAGUCCAGCUCUCAGUAAAGACUUUCCAAGAGGACAGCUCGCCGGUCGUCCGUCAGUCACUGCAGGAGGUCAGUGAGCCCCUCAUGGCAGUGAAGCAUCAUGUAGCUGUGAACAAGCGCCACAGUUUGGAAGUUAUCAGCAAUAUGGUACGUGGUAUAGAAGCCAUGGCAUUAAAAACUUUAAAUGCCCCUUUGCCGCGCAGGAACACUUUGCGGGAGCAGGUGCAGCCGGAAGAGUCGGUUCAGAUGGGGCAUGAAGUCCAGCAGGUUCCUCAUUAUCAUCACAAAAAGACAUUCUCUGAUGCCACGAUGCUGAUACACAGCAGUGAGAGUGAGGAGGAAGAAGAAACCUCAGAAUCUGUGUCACGAAUAACAGCCCUCCAUGAGAACAUGGAGUACAGUGCUCAGCUGCAAGCUGCCUUGGCUAGAAUACCAAAUAAACCUCCUCCGGAGUAUCCUGGGCCUCGUAAAAGUGUCAGCAAUGGAGCCCUGAGGCAGGACCCUGUUAGCAUUUCUGUGGCUGUAGCCAGGGCCAAGGCCAUGAGGCCAGGGCCUUCCAAAGCCAUUAGUGUCUCUCGAACUGAUCAAAUGGCAAUAAACGGGUCUUCUCUAGGGCCCUCUAUCUCAGAACCUGACCUCACAAGUGUGAAGGAGAGGGUCAAGAAAGAACCUGUCAAGGAAAGGCCUGUGUCUGAAAUGUUUUCUAUUGAGGACAGCAUUAUAGAAAGAGAAAUCAUGAUGAGGAAUCUAGAAAAGCAGAAGAUGGCAGGCCUGGAGGCCCAGAAGAGGCCCUUGAUGUUGGCAGCACUGAAUGGACUCUCAGUUGCUAGGGUUCCAGUGCCAGAGGACAGCCAGGAUGAAGUCACCAAGGUGCCUAUGGAUGAGAGGUGCAAAAUCUUGAAGAGGAAGUUGGAAGAGGGGAUGGUGUUUACAGAAUACGAGCAGAUUCCAAAGAAAAAGACAGAUGGGAUCUUCACCACUGCCACCUUGCCUGAAAACACUGAACGCAACCGCAUCAGGGAGGUUGUUCCUUACGAGGAGAACCGAGUAGAGCUGGUGCCAACCAAAGAAAAUAAUACAGGCUACAUCAAUGCUUCACACGUCAAG